AUGUCGACGCCAAAACUCUCAUCCCGGUCGCUGGCGCGCCUCCCCACCGAAAUCCUCCUAUCGAUCGCCGAGCUCCUCUACCUCAGAGACCUGAACGCGCUCCUCCAAACCUGCCGCCAUCUGGCCAGCGUCUUCCACGACCGGUUCUAUCGUCUCGCCGUCACGUACACAUUUACCGAGCAAUACCGUCUGAAAAGUCCGUUGACGUGGGUGGCGGAACAUGGCAGAGCAUCGGGGGCGCGGAAGCUUCUGGACGCCGGCGCAGACGUCAACAAACUAGUGGACGGGUUCUCGGCGCUCCAUUACGCUGCGGCAGGCGGACAUAGUGAUGUGGUUUCUAUUCUUAUUGAGGCGGGAGCGAACCAUUUGGAGCCCGGGAAACAGGGGAAGCCCCCGGUUGUACUCGCCGCGCGACACGGGCAUCUGGAUGUGAUACGCUUGCUGGUGAGGCUUAUGGGUACAGAAAGUGCGGGCAGACAGGAGUUAUACCUGCGGGCACUGUCGCUGGCAGUCUACUUUGGCCAUUUGCCUGUCGUUCGGUUCAUGUUGGAGAACGCCGGGGUAAAGCCAAAGCCGAGUGCGGACGAGGAGGGUGAGAGAACCUGGUUCGAUCUGUCUCGAGACAAUACACUGAUUCACGAGGCCGCCAAAUCUGGAAAUUGUGACAUGAUCCAGUUGUUGGUCGACUAUGGGGCCACAGUACCUCCUCUCCAUCGCAGGUCCAACCAUCCGUUGAUCGUUGCGGCGCAGAACAACCAUAGGCAGGCAGUGGAAAUGCUCGUCAAGGUUGGGGCUGAGUCGAAAUCCGAGAACAGCCGAGGGAGCGCUGUCGAUGGGCGAAACGAGGUGGCUCAAUUCCUCCUGGAUUCCGGUGCCAGUACUCAUGCAGUCGGGAAGAAAUUCUCCGGUUUGACGGCCCCACGAUCAGGGAACAUGGUCACAGUGCGACUAUUUCAGUUGUAUGGCGAGAAUAUCGACCAGACGACCGCCGAUGGCCGAACGCCGUUGCAGAUCGCUCUCGAGGAAUUCAGUCCGCCGGAUGUCAUACACACCCUUCUCGAAUCCGGCGCAAACCCGGACCGAAAAGGAAGGGGUGGGUUCAGUGCGUUGCACACGCUCAUUGUCUUGAAGAGACAUGAUUUGCUGGAAACACUGCUUGCGGCCGGUGCUUCGUUAUCCACGGCAGACGACAAAGGCAACACGCCGCUGCUGCUGGCAGUCUCGGUAUCCAACACCAGGGCAGUGGAACUGUUUUUGCGGUGCAAAGCGGAUCUUUCAGCCAAGGACAAUUUUGGGCGGAGUCCGCUGCAUGUUGCUGCAGGCCAUGGCUCCGCGAAUAUCUUGGGGAUGCUUCUCGAUGCGGGUGCCGAUGUCACUGUGACUGAUAACCACGGCCGCAUCCCGCUGCACUAUGCGACCAUGACUGGAAACGCCACAGCGUUCAAAGCAAUUUUGUUCAAGCAUGAAAAGGACGAAACUGACUAUCUGAUCCCAUCACGGUCUGGCCGAACGGUCCUGGAGAUGGCAGUCGAAGGCGGUCACGUAGCCAUUGUUGAGAUGCUGAUCGAGAGAGGCGUCGAAGUCGGGAAUGAACAAGAAGGUUAUACAUCACUGCAUGCAGCUGUUGCCAACAAACAUCUCGAGAUUGCAGAACUCCUCUUGUCUCAUGGUGCCGAUCCCUUGCUCCUCGACGAUUACGGCCGUACCCCUCUAGACUUGGCAUCCGCCAAUGGAGAGACACUGAACAGACUGCUAAGCAGCUGCGAUGUCACGUACAUACCCACCGACGAAGAGACACAAACCGCAAAGUUGAAAGAUAGCGUCGUCCGCUUCGCGACUGGCAUUUUGAUCGGCCAGACUGGAGACUAUUACAAGCUGGCGAAAUGUCUCGUUUACCUAGGUAACGGUGAUGCAGCACGUAGCGUAUUCACGCAAGCGGCCAGGUCAGGUAUCAAUGAGGAGGAUCUCCGAUACUCCAUGGCCUGCAACGUAUGUCGGAAGCGUUUAAAGGAUGAUGGAUGGUCCGAGGUGAUGGCUCUGAUCUGCCGUAACUGCCACGACCUCGACUUGUGCAACUGGGGGGAUGGAUCUCCGUUCCUAGGGUUCUCGAGUAAUGCCGGCUUCACUGUGUGCACCAGCUCUGCUCACUAUCCUCAAGCCACCGCCGACUGGGAAGACCAGCUCCGUCUUCUGAUUGCAACGUAUUCGUGA